GCCUGCAGAGUUUUCCGUCCUGUGUCAGGAUAACAUCGUAAACGAGGACCACCUGACGGUAAGACCGGACUAAAUGGAAGCAGCGGAGAAAACUCUCAUUUACCAAGAUGACACCGGACUUCACAGGAAGCUGCUCACAGAUGACAAGGAUAAGGACAAGACCGGCGGUAAGGACCACGCCACCGAGACGAACAGCGACGAGUCCAAUUAUGUGGAUCUGGACGUAAAACCUGACUGUCCCAAAACGGUUAAAGUGACUUUCACAGGUGUAGGGAACCAGCUGUCUGUUAUCAAAUGCGACAGUUCAAAUCAGGGGGAGCAGGAACGAAAGAGUAAAAUCAUUUCGAGCAAGGACAAGCAGGACACCGUCCCCGGGCUCGGAUCGGAUGAGCCCCAGUCGGAAACUCUGACCAAACUUCCCAACACUGAUCAGGACUCCGAGAAUGAGAAUCAGCGCCAGGUCGAGCUCGACCCGAGUGACUGCAGCGACAAUGUGUGCAGUGAAAGUGAUGAGCUCCGGUACACGGACAUGUAUCUGAACAGCAAGACGGAGUCCGAUGACGGCGCCAGCGCCUUGCUGUCCGACCACUGCGGCUCCGACACCGUGGAGGACGAGUCCCACUAUAUCACCACGCACGAAAUCCAGCUAACCGAGCUCGACCACGACGUAGAUUACGACUUAGGCCGCGGGACCUGUUGGGAGUUUGAAGACGACAACCUGGUCUAUUCCUUUGUGGAUUACGCCUCUUUUGAAAGCGAUGAUACUCAGGAGGGCACUCUGAUACUAGAGGGCAGGGGCCAGGCGAAAGUGCAGUCAAAUCUCGGUGGAACAGUUGUCAGCACUGAGCAGGAGGAGAGCGAUCUUUGUGAUUCGGACAAAUGCGCCAGCUCGGACGAAAGCGUGUGUAAAAAUCCAAGUGAAGACCUUAGUGAGGGGAAAAUCCACCUGUCGAUAAAAACCUCCUCUAGAGCAGUUAACGACCCAGUUAAUGUAUUUGACAACAACUUCUCUGAGUACAAGAAACACUGUGGAGACAAGAGCAAUUUCUCUUUUGUGAGCCCUGGCGCCAGCGCGGGGCCCCUGUGCGACAGAGCCCCAUAUUUCAUCCCUGCUCCGGGCCGUCAGCACCUUGCAACCAAACUGAGACGGAAAGAUAUUAAUGAGUAUUCCAGCGGAGCGUCCAGCUCGAUCAGUGAGCUGGACGACGCUGAUAAAGAGGUGCGUAAUUUAACCGCCAAGUCUUUCCGGAGCCUGGCAUGUCCGUACUUCGAUGCUAUUAAUCUUAGCACCUCUAGUGAAUCUUCUGUCUCGGAAUACGGCCUCAAUAAGUGGUCGGCUUAUGUAGACUGGAAUUAUGGAAACAUAACGCGAGGCGGAGAGCGCAGCGUAAUUGCGCACAAGACUUCCAGGGCAACGCUGGAAAUGAAUAAGAACGUGGAAAGUAAGAAGCAUGGUAAGUCUGUUACCGGCACGAAAACCCCGCAAAACAAAACAUGCGCGCUAAAUAAAAGAAUAACUUCACAGCAAGCAUCAUCUUCCAGCAAAAAGAUCCAAGUGAAAGAUCACGUUCAGCCAGUGCAGCGCGGUGUCACGUUGAAUUUCCGCUGUAAUGUUGAAUCACAUGAAACAGCUGAUUCAAAAUGCCCCAAAAAGGCACGACCCAAUGGGGCUACCGGGGCUGUGCUGGCCAGGUCUGGGUAUGAGAUGCAGUAUCAUCACACAGAUAACCUAGGAGAUACUCACAAAAGGGCAAUUUUUGCAUCAAGUCUUUUGAAAAAUGUGAUUUCCAAAAAGAUGCAAUUUGAGCAGGAGCGCAAAAUGGAGAGGGGUGAAAUCUGUGACACAUCCCCCUGUUUUCAGAUAAAAGAUCCAGAGGUGAUGAGAGAAAGGAGUCCGGGACGAGGCCUACAAAGGCAAACAUCAGAAUCGGGCUCAGGAUUCACUGUGAAUUCUGCUGAUGAUCAGUGUCCGGAGGUUGGCAAACAGAGUUCCUGUGGUGAUGGAGAGGAAACAAAAGGCAGCAAAGCACCAGAUGAUUCAGACAAGGGACAGGAUGAACUCCAAAAGGAUUCAACCAUCCACAGUCAAAGUACUUCAUCUAAUUCAUUAAAAGAAGAUGAUCCAGAACCUGUAAAACAGGUCGAACCUCCAUCUGUAACCGGCACACAGACUGCAGCAAAGGAAGGAUUAGACACCAGCAGCAUGCUGUCAAAACUUCUUUUUGUUCCAAGUUGCCAGCUACACUCAAAGGAGAGGAACUUUUCAGAUUUACUAAGACACACACCUGACUCUGUCACACCUGCUGCUUCACAGAAAAGUGAAAAGGAGCUGAAAGCGAGUAAUAACGGAAACAAAGAAGAAAAUGGGAAGGGAGGGAAGAAACCCGAGAUAAAAAUAUGUCUGAGAAGCGUGAAAGAAAAUAAAGGCUGCACGCUGAAUAUUGCCAAUCUCCUAACCCCUAAAAUAAGUUACAAUGUCAACACGUUCAGGACAGCAGAUGAUACCAGAGUCCCCAUUUUGUCAGCAGCCGACAGGGUUCCAAAUUUCACUGUUAGAGACAUAAGAGACACCAAAUGCAAGCUUCAAACACCAAUAUACCACGUAAGGGAUGUACGCAAGUUGGUAAAAAGCUCAUAUCGCUUUGUUUCCUUGAAUAAUAGUGGCAGUAAAUGUUCCACAGCAGCUGAUAAACCUGAGGAAAAGGCAAAAACAGAGCAUGUUAAACAUUUAUUACCGUCUCCUAUUGUAAUCAAAUGCAACUCUGUUAAAACAAAUGUCAAGUCAGAGAAAACUGCAGCACAGAAACAAGCAGUGACAUCUGAAAAUCCCCAGAGUGAAAGUGGACCUUCUGCUUCUGUGGCUAACAGGGCACCACCAGUCAUAACCAAGCAGGGGUGCCCUGACCAAUCAGACAUUCAAACGACUCAACUGGUGAAACAGAGGCAGGAGAAGUUUGCAGGUGAGACGGUGGAAAGGAGAAAUGAGGCGGCAGCUCCAAAACAAGAUGCAGUGGAGAAAAUAAAAGCUGCUGUCAAAACGAUGGAGCAGCUUUAUUUUUUUGACAAAAAUGAGUGGAAGCGCAAGAGUCAGGCUCCACGCCCCAUCACAGGCAGCCAUGUGCUGUCGCUUAUUGCCAGGGAAGAGCAGGGAGCAGAGGUGCCCGAGGCGGCAAGCACCGACAGCACUCCUCAGUCAGAAAUGGGGAGGCAGCAUGAAGACAAAAGAGCCCUCAAUGUCAUUCAUGUUCCAUAUGACAGUGAUGCUUUUAAAACACAACAAAGCAAAACAUUUACUAACAAAAGCAUCCUCCAUUUUGGCAGCAAGGCUUGCGUCAGUGUUAACUCAGACAGCAGCUCUGCAUUUCCACUGCCACCAACUGUGAAAAGCUCCAAAACUCCAGCGGCUCCACUGUCUGUGAAAAUAGAAGAGCCAAGACAUUGCCAGGUGGAGAAUGGAAAGGUCAAAAUCAGCCCCACUAAUCCUUUGGUUACACAGGGCUGCUCGGACUCUGAGAACUAUUUAACCAUACCAGGGAUGGCCUACAAAAAUGAAAUCAAACUUUCAAACCCAGUACACGAUUCGAAGGAGGGCAAUUCAAAUAACAGUAAAGUCAAUGCAGCUGACCUCAAGGCACCUGAGCAGAAAACUUCUCCGUUAAUCAUGGAGUACCCAGGCACGAGCAUCUACCAUCACUCAACAGCAGCAACAGGGCCUCAGAAACAGCAGCAGGUGCUCUGUUUCUCUCCCUACCUCCCAAAUGUGUCGCCUACACCUUCUACUGGAGAGCCAGCGCAACAAACCCAGCGCAAGAUGCUUGUGGACCCCACAACUGGACAUUAUUACUUGGUGGACACUCCCAUUAAAGCGACCUCUAAGAGACUGUUUGACCCUGAAACAGGUCAGUACGUGGAUGUACCCAUGCCUCAUUCACCUGUGGCACCUGUAACCCCGGUGCCUCUUUCUGUGUCUCCCCUGGCACUUAACCCAGGAGGAUAUGCCCCCACCUACAUGAUCUACCCAGGCUUCAUCUCCUCACCCGCUAUAGCAGCCCAGAUGGUAUUGCCACAGUCCCCAUGUUAUUCUGAAGAUGCAGGUGGAGAAAAUAUCAAAAAGAAUAUUAGUCCUCAGCCAGAAAGUAAGACAGCAGGCACAGAGAGUACAUAUUACAGCGCAACAGGAGAAACUUCCCAGGCGCAGCUGCAGUUACCUGUGAGUUUGGGACUUCUGACCACCAGGGGAAGUGGCAGGAGCUCAGAGAGAAAGCCAGUUAUCAGCAUCACAACGCAGCAAGGUCCAAGGAUCAUUGCCCCUCCCUCCUUCGAUGGCACAACGAUGAGCUUCGUAGUGGAGCAUCGGUGACCAAGAGAACGUCUCGUCAUAAGUGAUAUGUUUCUGCUGAGGAUUCUGCCUUCAGUCACUGUAAGUUCAGUUUUCACCUGUCACCCACCCCGUGAUCUACUCCCAGGACAACCUCCACCACCAUCAUCUGCCCCCAGUUCUGUGUUGUUUAAACUUGCAGCAGACAUUACUGUAUACGCACUGCAGUGCUACAUAGGGUCAACUCAACAUUUUUGCCACGCUGUCCUGCUGAAGUUCUGAUGUGAAUAGGCUUUCCAUUCAGCUGCUGUCAAGAUCUGUUGAAAUGCUGUUUGUGCCCUGCAGCAUGCUUAUUCAAAAGGAAAAAAAGGCAAGUCUUCGCUUCCUGCUCAGUGUUAUUCAUUACUGGCCAAAAGCAACUGGUUUACUGAUAUUUUACUGUCGCCAAGUAUUUUAAGCAAGACUAUGUAACUUUUGAAAAAACAUAUUUAACCUAAAAAAAGGUUUAAUAUGUGCAAAAUAAAAUUCAACUUUAUUAAAGUCCGCAUACCCAAGAUUUGUUUUCUAUAACCUCUUGUGAUCAUUACGCUGUACCUGACCUUACUGAGUGUGUGUGCAAUUCAUUAACACUACUGUGUAAGGAUGUCACAGGUCCCUGUGGUUUUAUCAGAAAAGUAAAACAAAAAGUAAAGAUGUACCUGACAAGAGCACAUGUUGGUUGUCUGCUGCGGUUGAUGCUUGGUCACACUUAGGCAUUGCGGUCUUGUUUAUCCCAGUGGGCAAAUGCAGUACGGUAUUAGAGACAAAUAUGAGAUUCUGGUGUAUCAGCAGGUAUCAAAAGAGGUGCUUUGCAUUUGCUGUUUUCAUCUGCACACAUCAGUUGCUCGGUAGGACAGAGGAUAUCUUAUAUAGGUCCGGGGCAUUGUAGGGCUUAUUUGACUGGCAAUCCUGAAUGCCAUGUGAAUGUUGGGGACAGUGCAGGUAGCAAGUGGUGGGUCCCAUUUUUAUUUAUUUUUGGGGUAUCACAUUGCUCAACUUCCUACAUAAAGUUUACAUCAUUUUGCAUUAAAGCUUCUAACAUUAGAUCCUUCCUGGUAGUGGAUCAGGGCCAUUUUAAAGAGGUCAACCAUGCUCACUGGACACUGAGCAACUUCUAGCCACAGCAAAGGCUCUGUCUUCCUGUGGACACUGGGAUCCUUAGUAGCCAGGUAACAUGUAGAAGAUCCCAAGACCACAGUACACAGAUCUUUUUUGGAAUUCUGAGUGAAUUAAUACUCCAAGUGAAUUCAUCCAUGAGAGGAUGGACAGAGAGGUUGAUAGCAGAUAUUAGUACCACAUCAGCAGUAAUGCAGAGUGGAGUGGAAGCGCUGAAGUGAAAGCUGAGCCUGGCAUCAAACUUCUCGACUUACCGGUGGAUCUGCUUUCUAACCCUACCCAUUAGUCAUUGGAAGAAUGAGGUUGUAGAUGCAAGCAUCUGAAACAAGUUUCAUUCGCUGGGUGAUGCAAAGAGAGGGUGAUCUGAGACAUCUGAAAGAGACGCUGCUCUUCAGACAUCUGAUUUCUCUGGAGGUAUUCCAGACAGAUCCAACUGGAAAGAGAUCACAGCACAGAGUCAGAAUACCCUGGAGGGAUUACAUAGGAUGUGGCUAGGGAGAAAGACAUAUGGGCAACUUUGUUUAGCCUGCUGUCACCAAGAUCAGCCACAGAAAAUGAAUGUAUGGGCUCCAGUAAAAUAAUAAACAAGAUAACAUAGAUACCAAGCAAGUCGAUUCUGUAUAACAUAUUAUUCAUUUUCACACUUAAAGGUUUAGGUAUGUAAUCUUAUUUAACCAAGAAAAAUAGCCAGAUGGGUGUAAUGAUGAUGGCAUCUUUCAUUCAAGUACUGCUUUCCUCCAUUUGAUGUUUGUGCCACAGUGGUUGCUGUUCAGUGGAAGUUGCAUAGUCUUGGUUUUAAACAAAACAUUUUUGCUGUAUGAUCCACAUUUUGCACAGGGACCAUUUGUCUGCACUUAAUUAAAAAUGAACACGACAGAUUAAGACCUCACUAUCUGUAUAUAUUUUUAUUCUUUUACAGUCAGUUCAGUCAAAAAAGGAAACCCUUUAUUGUUGGAUUUAAAAUAAAUAUAUUGUAAAGAAUUCCCUACUAAAUAUGUGUUAAAGAAUAAUCGGCUGGCAUUACUAUGUGCUGUGUUACAACUCACCAACAUAUUUUUCACAUGCACAGCAGCAGCAUUUCCAUGUUUUUGAGCAGUCCAUGCCCAUGCUUGUCCUGAAGUCUAUAUAACCGUCCUGCCAUGACUCACGAAAUGAUGCUCAAACCUGCUGCAUAACUGAUAUAUUGUAUGAAGUGGUCUGCAUUUAUAUUUUUAAAGCAUGCUCAGGAGAAAAGUAAUACACUAUGUGUGUAUGCCAGAUGAAACAAAGCUGGGACUGUGGUUUAUUAGUUUACUUAGGUAACUAAGUAGCGUUGGGCCUAAUGCGUCAGAGCCAGCUGGGACAUUUAGAGGAUGACUUCCUCUAUUUGCUUUGGUUCAGUUUACACUUUUGUGUACUGAGAUGGGGGCUGAUGUGUGUCUGUGUUUGUGCCUGUGAGUUAUGUGUGGCAUUUGAGUAUUAUGUGAGUACAACGAGGACUUAUGUUACUUCGCUGCAGACGUGAGCAUAGACUGGUCAUGUGUUUGGUUUGAGUGAUUUUGCAUAGCAUACGGAGAAAUGCCAGUUUAAAUCUAAAUCACUGAGCAAAUACAUUCAAAUAUUUUUAUUUGAAUACUUUUUUUUCUUUUUUCUUACCUGUUUCCAUUUGAAUAUGCAGGGGCAUCAUGUGUCAUUGUGCUUGAUUUUACUCAGUUAUACAAGCAUACAUGUAGUAAUACUGCAACAUGUAGUUUGCUAUUUUUAUCACGUUUCCUAGUUACACGGAUUAAAGGUAUCUGGACAUGCUGGACAGUCUAUGUACCUUAAUGUAAAAUGCAAUUUUUGCAACUUUUAUUCUUAUGAAUUGAUUUCAUUAUAACUGAUUCAUGUGCACGAGCUGCUCUUUGGAGCAUGUUAAUGUUGCCAAAUUUAAUUCAUUUUGAAGUAAAUGUAACUGAGAUAUGUAACUGUAACUAAUAACACUUCCUUUAAAAUUGUAGGUUUGCUAUUGAAUGAAAUCAGUUUACUCCAUUGUAAAAUGAGAGCAGUGCAAAUAAAGCAACUGAUGCUACUGAACAUUUAUUUAUUUAAAAUUUGUACAAAAUGGCAGAAAUGACCUAAGA